GGAAGACCCCGUUUUGACUGGAGGACGACCAUCUGCCAACAUUGUGACCAACAAGGCCACACUAUAAGGUUCUGUAAUAUAAGACGGGAAAACGAGAGGAGUGAGCUGAUUUCCUCCACUAUGGAUGGGAACAUCUACAAUCAGUUUGGGGAGGUCAUUGACAGAAGGCUUGGAGGAGUGAGGGCGGAAGCCCAACGAAGGGCGGCAGCUGGGCCGCCACCCCCUGCCAUGUUCAGGCUAUGGCAGGAGAAGAAAGGACCGUCGGUGGGGAUAGAGGAAUUCAGGUUAUGGCAGGAAAAGGAAGAACCACCGAUUGGGGUAGAGGAAGUGGGAAGCAAUGAGGAAGUGACUCAAGGGCCACGAGGAGGAAGUAAGGGGGAAGAGCCCAUUAAGGGGGAAGAGCCCAUUAUCAUUGAGUCAGAUGACGAAAAUGAGGAAGAAAGGAUGGAACCUCCAUCCGUCUUGUUGGGGAAAGUGGAGGACCUGCUGGAUAAGAUGGGGAGGUACCAACAGAAGUUGGUGGGCAUCUGUGAGGAAGUGAGGAAAUGGAAGUCUAGCAUCCCCAAGGUGUUCCUCCACGACUCCGGUCCGGAGUCAGCGCCCGGGCGACCCGGAGAGCCAGGAAAAAGAAAGGAGACUGUGGAAGUGGAGGAUGACGACAAUGAGGAGGAAGAGGAUGAAAGGUUGCGCAGGGAGGAGGAUCAGAGAGCGGAGCAGCGGGCAAGGAAAAAGAGAGGCAGGGGAGAAGCCGAGCCAGUCAUACACGACGGACCGCCCAAAAGGAAGAAGUAUGCGGUUCGAUUGGAGGAAGGGUUUGACGUGGAGAAAGUGAUCGAUCGGCUGCUAGAAGGGCACAAUGACCUCAUGACUCUGAAGGAAAUCCUAGCGUCAGCCCCGCGACUCCGCGAUGAACUGAAGGGGAGGUUGUCGCGGCGCUUGGUGCCCAAUGUCCAUCUGAGCACGAUUCUGCCCAAGGAGGCACAGUGGGCAGAGUCAGGCACAAAGAUGAAUUGGAAGUGCGUGGCCUGCGGCACAGUGAAUUUAGUGGUAAAAGGCUCCAAGUGUGCAGCUAUGGUGGACACCGGGGCGGAGAUGAACAUUAUUCGGGAGGCGGACGCGAUCAGAUUCGGGCUGGAUAUAGACCGUUCUGACUGCGGUAUUCUGCACGGAGCCAGCUGCACGGCCGUAUUUUGUGAGAUAGCCUCGAAUGUACUCAUCGAGGUUGGAAAGGUGAAGGCACGAAAUUGCUUCUUCAUCAUGCCGGAAGUGGAUCACGGAAUCCUCCUAGGGAGGUCAUCCCUAAGCAGGACGGAGACCGUGAUAUUUAAUAAGCAUGACGGGACGUUAAUCCUUCUCUUAUGCGACCCUGCCUGCGGGAAUUACGAAGUAAUUACCUGCAGAAACACAGGGCCAAGGAGCAUAAGGAACCGGCCCAAUCCAGGAUCGUUCACGAUCGAAGAGUCGGAAGAUCCGGAUGCCAUCCAGGCUCUGAGGGAGCAGGUUCUGGAAUGCCCCGAGGCAGGAAGGUUGGAGCAGGAAGGGGAGGCGGUGGAGAAUACGCCCCCAGUUGACGGAUUUCUGGAUCAGGAAGAAGAUGUUCGUCUCCACAUCAACAAGUGGUCGCCGCGAGUGCCCAGCUAUGUAGGUUAUCCUAUCUGGCAAGCGCCGAAUGGGUAUGAAAGGAGGGUCGAGCUAGUCCUCAAACCCUUUGAAGAAGAGGAUCCAUGGGGUGGUAAGGGUGUUCAGUGGAUGAUCGAGUUAGCGCUGGCCAGCUCGCAUAGCCUGGUGGAGGACGUGAGGACGAUUGAGGAAGGACCUGGCCAGGUAGAACGGCAUGAGGACCUGAUAGGAGGAAUGUAUCUCCUCGUCAACACGCUAUUGCAGGAAAGCCUCGGCCAGUCAGGCUCAUUGAACCCGGCAGGGAAUGCGGACGAAGUGCCCGAGAACCAGGACGACGAGUUCGAGGAGGGGGAGAUUAAAGAGGCUUUUCGUGCAGAGGAGUACGACGGGAUCUACCUAGAGCUGGGGCUUCUUCUGUCAUGUGAAAUGCGGCUUAGGGAUGCAAGCGAUAGAGCUCAGAGGAUGCUGCAACGCUAUUUAGUGCGAGACGACCACCUUUUCGUGAGAAGAGAAGUGGGGAAUCCCAGGAGAGUCGUCUGCGGUAGGAAUCGUCAGAUCGACGUCGUAACAGCGCUUCAUGAUGGCAUUGCAGGAGGGCAUCGAGGGGUACAAGCCAUGUAUGCCAAGAUAAGUGAGUUGUACUACUGGGAUGGGAUGAUGGAUAUGGUCAGGAAGUUCUGCCAAUCUUGCGUACCCUACAAGGAGAGAUCCCGUUUAAGGCAAGGAGAGCCGCUACAUCCAAGGAUAGAGCGAGAGGUGGGGGCUGUAAUGCACCUCGAUUUACUUUUUAUGCCGCUUGGGGAUCAAGGCUAUAACUAUAUCUUCGAUGCGUGCGAUAACCUGUCUGGCUUCGUAGACGGGCGUGUUAUUCGCACCAAGACUGGGUUGGUAUUAGUGAGCUGCAUCGAGGAAUAUUACCUGCGUUAUCCUUUCGUCAGGGAAUUCGUAAUGGGUAGGGAAUCAGAGUUUACCUGCAAGGAGGUGCAAGAACUGUUAUCAAGGUCUGACUUUACGAAGACAGCCAUGCCAAGAGGAGGGAAGGGGACACGGCCGCCUCAGAGGCCGUUGGGCGCAUCAGGAGGAUAUGAGCGGCAUGGGCCUCGCCAUCGAGAGAGUACUCCAGUGUACGACGAUGGGGACAUCGAGCUAUUCCUGGACAACUUUUGGAAUCAUGCGAGGCGUAUGGGCUGGACCGUGGCCCAGGCGACUGAGAGGCUGAGGGGAACAGGCAGGUUCGAGGAGCCCAUUACCAGGAUUCGUAGGGAGGUGACGACGAGGCAGGAGGUGGAGACGAGGAUGCAGGAGCUACGACCUUCGCCUGCGGAGAGGGCACUGGCUACGCAGGUCAGAGAUAUGGCCCGAGACUGGGAGAGCUGCAGGGCACAUCUGAGAGAGGUCUUUCGACGACCAGAGCCCCCUCAGCCCAGAGGCGAGAGGCGUCAGAGGAGUCAGAGGCAGAGGGACCCUGAGCCCAGGGAGGCGAGACCAUCUCGAGGAGGACGGAAGGCCCUAGCCAGAAGAGAAGAGGAACCGGAGCCAGAGCAAGAGGCUGAGGAGCGAGGGGCAUACCCUGAGUGUGGGUUGGGACCAGUGGAGUUCCAUCGGUUUACCAAGGGUGGUUUGAGGAGGUCGCCAGCACGCACGCAGGAGGAGCCGCCAGCAUCCGAGGGGCCCUUGAGGGAGUUGGAGACACAUUUGGAUAUCUCCCGGUGGAGGGUGUCGCCUCGGGGUGAGGAGCAUGGAGAGGAGGUGCCACAGGAGGAGGUGCCACGAGAGGAGGUGCCACGGGAGGAGAUCCGAAAUACUCAGCGAGAGAGGGGGCUGGGCGAUGAGGGGAGACGUGCAGGGAAGGAAGUGAUAGAGGUUGGAGAGGACACACCUCCACAGACGCCAGCGGUGGGUUUGAGACUCGGGGAUGCACCAGGGAGCACUCGCCAGGCAGGGGAGAGGUUGCAGAGAGAAAAGGCCCCAUUACCUUCAUCAGAAAAGGCCCCUUCACCAGAAGGGAGAGCAGAAAGGAGGAGAGAGUGGGCAGCUGUAAGGAAAGAGGCCUUGACCCUAAUUGACAGACAUCUAGCAGCUUAUGCCCUGGAGCACCCAGACCUGGAGGAGCCAGCGCCUGCAGAGCCGCGCUAGGAGCCAUGCCAGCCCGAGAAGGAGAUGGAAGCAGAGAUCCCAAAGAGGGUCGACCUCCGCACGA